UUAUGCGAGUCAGUCACUUUUCCCAGGGAGACGUCAAAAAAGUUUCUGAGUGAGAUAACAUGGAAGACAACAACAACCAAGUGACAAAGUACCAUCAGAAAGGGAAUCAUGGAUUUAGAACGGACCGUGUGGUUGUGCGUAAAUUCGAAAGCGCAGACUAUCCGGACGUGGAGCGCAUAUUCAUUGACGGGCUGAUGGAGAUGGUACCGGACACCGCGUUUACAGGGUUAAAACAUCACCCUGAGAGCCUGCUGCUGUACGCCGCUAUGACAAUUGUUUGUUGUAUUGCGACCAAGUCGUUCUUGCUGACUUGUUKGGUGCCUCUCGCUGUCCUGUGCGCACGCUACUACUACAGCAGGAAAGUUGUCCUUGGUUACCUGGAGCGCGCCAAACUCACGGAUAUGGGCGACAUCGAGGGACAUUACAUGAAAACUCCAGACUCCUGUCUGUGGGUUGCAGUGCUGGAGGGCAGUGUGGUGGGUGUAGUGGCGGCCUGUGCCCUGCGGGGGGAAGCUGGCACUGUGGAGCUGCAUCGCAUGUCGGUGGACCGGCGCUGUCGGCAACGUGGGGUUGGCGUUGCCCUCGGGCGGAAGGUUCUACAAUUUGCAGCGGACCGUGGUUACCUCUCUGUCGUCUUGGGAACCACGGCCUACUCGCCGGCUGCUCACCAGCUAUACCAGACUCUGGGGUUCCGAUGUGUCGGCGUCACCAAGGGAUACGCCACGCCUGGCGUGAGCCGGUCGGUACCGGAACAGCUCUUCUACCGGAUUAGUCAUCACCACUACCGGAUGGACAUGACCGUUCACAAGACUAACACGCACAGCCAGCACUGAACACGGAACAGUGAUGGAGCACAGCACGGAACAGUGAUGGAGCACAGCACGGAACAGUGAUGGAGCACAGCACGGAACAGUAAUAAAGUGCAGCACGGAACAGUGAUGGAGUACAACACACGAGUGCACAUGCCGGCAAACACACACAUGAAUGCACGCCACACACGCAAGCACACACUCUAACCCAACCCCCUAAGACCCUGAACUCCAUCUUGUUUCAUCAUUUAGUGAAUGGAAGAAAACCACCAGAACGUAAUGUAUGAAAUCGCUAGGUUAAAGGUAAAGAAUUGUUUGCAAACGUACCUGUUUUCCUUGUGAUUGAAGAGGGUUCUGUUCAGUUCUUCUGUUCAGAGAACUGGGGGGGGAAAUUGGGUACGUAUGGUUUAUUCAGGGUAACGCGCUAGUAGCUUGUUCCGGGGGACAUGUUUAUGUCCCAGGUUAUUGAUGCUUAAAGCAUAUUGAUUGAAAUGUGUGCUGGUAUUAWUACAUAUGUUUAUCUGAACAUGUCUGUAUGGUAUAUCAUGGGCUUUGAAUGUUAAUUGACCAGAUGUAGAAGGCUUGGGUAUUGCUAUAAGAAGCCUGUACUCUUUGUUUGAGGAACAGGUCGGCAUGCUGCUCAGGUUUGUUUGAAAUGCUCUAUUUGAUCAUUUUUGUAAAUACUUGCACAUUUUGCCGGCUAUCUUCACUUGCAAAUAAAAACACUCACACUGGA